GGACCUUCCGGGGAUGGGAUGGCGCCUCUGCGGCUGGCCCGGUCUCUUCCACGCCGGAGAUGCUGGUGCCCCCAGCUUCUGUCUCUCCCCCUCUCCCCCCCAAGCCUCUGCCAGAGCCGGAACCAAGGCCAUGGACCCAAAGGGAAACCCAGCAGGUAGCCUCGUGCUGCGUGUGAGCGACGCUGCUGCGUGGGCGGGAGCAGGACCGGGAUGGACCUGCCCAUGGAGCGCAGUGAGCUGGGGAAUGAGCUCCCGGGGAAAGGGCUGGAGGGACUGAUCCUGCACUGGCCCUCAGGGCGCUGGGAUGCUCUGACCUGACCAGGGUCUCCUUGCGGCUUGGAGGCUGAUCCCAGCGUCUGGGGGAGGCAGCUGGAUUGUGGGGCAGAGGGUGGACGAGGCCUGCUGCAGGGGCAGGCGGGACAGAGGCUGAGAAUGCUGAUCCCUUCGGGCAGGGGAUUCGCAGAAGGGGGCAGGGACAGACAUUGGGAUACCGUGGUGCUGGGUGCAGACCUGAAAUGGGCACGUGUGGGUAGUGCCCCCUUGUAGGUGAUGCCCUCGCUGCUAUAGGCUGAAAAACAACCAGUGCAGUUUCCCCGCCACUGGCAGCUCCAGGGCUUUGGGAGCUCAGAGGAGGGAAUUGGUUCUGAACAGGCUGAGGGGCAGGAAAUGCAGCGGGACCCUCCCAAGCUCUCGGUCCGGGGAGGGGAGUUUAACACUGCUAGUCAAGGCUCUAAAGAACAAAAAUCAGGGAGGCUGGAAAGCUCCAAUCCUGCUGCUUUGGUGCCAUUGCAAAGUGUGCGCUGCAGCCGGCUCCCUGCGUAUCUCAGCCCCUGCCCAGGGCUAGGAGGAGGUGCUGCAUCGCCCGCAGCUCCAGUCUGUCCCUGGCUAGGGGGUGCUGCCUCAGCUUCUCCUGUCCCCCCUUCCCCCCGCACCCCGAAACUGCCUCCCAGCCCCUGGCUGUUCCAAGGGCUGUCCCCACUCCUCUCCCCACAUGCCCUCGCUGUUGGUCUCAGAUGGGGGCAGAUCUGCCCCAGAACAGCGGCUCACCCACAUGGGGUUAUUCCUAGUGCCAGGGCCUGUCCGGAUGGGGGCCGGCUCCCCACUCUGUACCCCCUGUGCCUUUGGACUAAACAGAAACAGAUGUUGGGAAUAUAUUUUUACGAGGACAGUCUAUUUUUACACCAGGGACCCCCCCACUCGCCCUCCCCCCUUCUGUGCCUUGCCCCCUUCCCGCACCAGCAUGUGAGCUCCCCGGCAGAGCUGGCACGUGUCUGAAUUCCUCCUUGCACCUGGCUCCGGUCGCUGCCAGCCUCUCCGGCUCUGGGGAGUGAGGGCUGCCGCCGGAGCACGGCUCGGGCUGCAGUGGGACUGUCUCUCUUUUAGCCGAAUGAUUUUUAUACGCUUGUGUACGUUGGUUUGAACUGGCAGCACUUUUCGGAGACUGAUGCCCGGACUGUGCAUGCCAAUUAAAGACCUGGAGUCCGUUCAUUCUGCGUCCGGGGGUGUCUCUUGCCCACCCCCUCGGGGUGUGGCUCUUGGCACUGUGCACAGCGGGGCUGAGAGUGGCAGCUGUGAAUCCGAGCGGGUCUCUGAGAACAGCCAGGGGCUGCAGUUCACAGCUGCAGCAGUCACAACACGGCCGCAUCCCGGCCAGGCUGUGCAGCCAGCCAGCUGCUCUGGCGCUGUGGGACUCAGCCCUGGGGGCUGCACAGGGCUCCGUGCCGGUGGGGUUUGGCUGCAGGUGCCUGGCCAAGGUCCCCUUCUGUGGGUCUUAAAUGAGCAACUGCUGUGGCCUGGGCCUGGAUGCCCCGGAGCAGUCGCUACUUCCCUCCAGUCAGGUCCCAGAGGGCGGGAGGAAGGUUUGAUGUUCCCCAGCUGCAGAAAGGGGGCCAGUGGCGCGCCAGGCACUGUAGGGCAGUCAGCCCAACUUCGAUCCCCGGAAAGGGACGGGAACAAAUGACUAAACAAUGCAUGUGUAAGCACCUGCUGGAUGACUAGGACGAGCCAGCCAGGAUUUGCCAAACCAGCUGAAUUUCCUUCUUUGGCAGGGUCACUGGCCGAGGGAAGCAGCAGCUGGGCUUUGGUGGCUCCAGGGGGAGGAGUGGAAGCCCCUUUGCUGGGGCGCUGGCGUUAGCGCACGGGGAGUGAUCCCGCGCUGGCCCUGCCCCUCGGGGAAGGAUCAGGCUGAGCCCAGGGGUCUCUGCUGGCCCCAAUUCCUACCUCUCAACCCCCACCCCAGUGCCCACCGUGGCUGCCUGAAACUCCCUCCCUGAGGCCGCCACAGCCCUAAGCCUGUGUCCUGGGCUGGGGGGGAGGCCGUUUGUCACCUCCUGCAAACAGGCUGCCCCUGCCCCCCACACCCCUCCCCGCUCGGCUCUGCCACGGCCUCUCGGCUGGAAUCUUAUCUGCCGAGGGCUGGGCGGAGAGUGAAGCUCUGUGAGGGACGGCGAAGAGCCCAGCCUUGAGAUAAGAAAAUAGACAAAAUAGCGGAGCCCACAGCCCCUCGGCUGCCUGGGAACCGGACUUGCCCGGCACUGGAUGCUCUGUCUCUGAGCUGGAGCCAGCGAUGGAGAAGACCGUGGUGCUCAUUACAGGCUGCUCCUCGGGGAUCGGCCUGGGGCUGGCUGUGCGCCUGGCCUCGGACGCCUCCCGCAGGUUCAAAGUCUACGCCACCAUGCGCAACCUGGCCAAGAAGGAGCGGCUGCUGGAGUGCGUGCGGGGCUGCCACGCCAGCACCCUGGAGAUCCUGCAGCUGGAUGUCACCGACCCGCUCUCGCUCGCUGCAGCCGCGCAGCAGGUGCAGGAGCAGCGCGUCGACGUGCUGGUGUGCAAUGCCGGGGUGGGGCUGAUGGGCCCCCUGGAGACCUGCUCCUACCAGGCCAUGAAGAACAUCUUCGACGUGAACGUGUUUGGGACCAUUGGCACCAUCCAGGCCUUUCUGCCCGGCAUGAAGCGUCGCAAAGCCGGCAAGAUCAUCAUUUCCAGCAGCGUGGGGGCGCUGCAAGGGAUCCCCUUCAACGCCGUGUAUUGCGCCAGCAAGUUUGCAGUGGAAGGUCUGUGUGAGAGCCUGGCUGUGAUCCUGCAGCAGUUCAACAUGCACGUCACGCUGAUCGAGUGCGGCCCGGUCAAUACGAGCUUCCUGGCCAACCUGCAGCAGACGGACGCCGAGGGCAGCGCGCUGCAAGCCCUGGACCCGCAGACCCGCGCCCUGUACAGCCAGUACCUCCAGCACUGCCAGAGCCUCUUCCGUGACGUGGCCCAGGACACCGAGGAGGUCCUGCAGGUGUUCCUGGACGCCAUCUGCGCCCCCUGCCCCCCUCUGCGCUCUUUCACCACCCAGGUCUUCAUGCCGCUCACCCGGCUCAAGCUGACCAGCCCCGACGGCUCGGAGUACGUCCGCGCCAUGCACCAGUUCGUGUUCUCUGCGGGCGAGGCCCAGGGCGACCGGGCGUGAGGAGGAGCAGCGCGGCUGUCCCAGAGCGAGGGGCGGGCUCGGCGGGAAGCGGCCCCCGCAUUGCCCUGAGUUUGUACAGGGGGGCUGGAUACGACCCUGCCACGGAGCUCCAAUAAAUGUCUGCUCC